UAGUACAACACGGGAGAAACGCGUCUCCAACCCAAGUACCGGCGGAUACAGAGAGACUGGGUAUCUGUCUCUAGACGAUAACGGCUACCAGUUCAGGGUCAUCAGCAAAGUCUUUAUAGACCCAGCAAUGGCGAAAGGUGUCAACUUCAUGUCCCUGCCUCAAGAAGCACAGGUUCCCUGUAUCACUGUCAACACGGACGUAUCGAUGUGGAGACCAGGAGACAAAGUCGUGAUAGCUUCCACCGAUUUCGACUGGAGACAGGCUGAAGAAAUGACCAUCAAGAGUUGUCCUUCCUGUGCCGUCAACGAGAUCUGUUUCACGGAACCUCUGCAAUACACUCACUAUGGGGAGGUAACUCUUGGUGUUGACGAGAGGGCGGAAGUGGGAUUGCUGAGUCGGAACAUUGUCAUAGAGGGCGUGAUACCAGAAGAGGGCUGCAGUAUCAACGAGCCGGAAGAUCAGUACCUCUGUGACCUCUUUGGAUAUGACACUUUUGGAGGCCAUAUCAAGAUUGUGAGAGAUUUUGCAGCUGCCCAUAUCCAAGGCGUGGAGUUAUUUCACAUGGGACAACAACGGUUUCCUGGUUCUUACCCACUCCAUUUCCACAUGUGCGACAACGCCGACGGCAACGGUUUCCAGCACAACUCCCUGCACCACUGUCUCGCUAGAUGCGUCACCAUACACGGCACAGACGGAGCGGAGGUGUCUCACAAUGUGUGCUAUCUGCACCACGGUCACGGCUUCUUCCUGGAGGACAGCGCAGAGCAGAGGAACAUCUUCGACAGCAACCUUUGUAUCGGCACCAUGCACGGCACCCAUAUCCUGUCCGACAUGAAGAAGGAAUGGUGCAAUUCUACAAUGAGACCUUUUUGCGACGCCCUCUCCUCCUACUGGAUCACGCACCCCAACAACACCUUCAUCAACAACGUGGCCGCCGGCUCAGAUCAUACGGGAUUCUGGAUCCUUGCGUCUCGUUUCCCCCUCGGCCCCUCCCGACAACGCCAGCUGGAGAGGGGGUUGGUGCCAGAGUUCCAUGCCAUGCAGACAAAGAUCAAGGAAUUCAGAAACAACACGGCUCACUCUAAUGCCCUGGCAGGGUUCAACAUGGAUGACGAGAUAUCUAUCGGCGAAGUCUUCACCGACGGCUUUGUCCCAGAGAAUGGCGUCGUCUCAGCACGGGUAUCCCACUCUCCUCGGGACCCCCCUGGUGAUCCGGACGCUGCGUUAGACAAGUCUCACCUGUACAGCUUCACAGGCUACAAAAACAGAGAGUUGAAUGUGUGGACGAAGGGGGGCACCACCAUCAUGGAGAGUUUCACACUUGCAGACUCCCCGGUCGGCCUGACCAUGUCGUGGGGGGAGAGCGACACCUACACACAGAUCAACAACUCAUUGUUUGUAGGGGAGACAGACAACAAGGGACUGCCUGUGGCACCGUUUGGUCGCUCGGUGGCCGUAUCAAGCGUGGAACCACUCCAAGGUGUCACGUUCUACCAGGGUCCAGGCUAUGUCACCAACUCAUUCUUCGAUAAGUACGUGACAAAGGUAUCUGGGAGCAGCAUCAGGUACGCCGGCGCCAUCAGCGUCAAGCGCAGCAGCCACUACCCCGUUAGGGCGAGCUCCAGCGUCAAGGGAGUCAAGUUUGGAUUCUGUGACGUGACCGAGGGCAGCUGGGCCCUGAAUGGGGAUCCAUCCUACCCAUUUUUUGACAACAUUGAUGGCAACCGACAGAACAACUUCCUGGACGCCGAUGGCAGCGUGUCUGGAACUGCAGGGACCCAGUUCGUGCCGAACACACGUUUCCUCACCACCAACCAGUGUGACUAUAGGCCGUCCUCGAACUUCGCUGUGUGUCCUCAUGACUACGCCCGGGUGUUGUUCACUGGAGACGGGGCCCUCGACACUCUUCACCAGAACUUCCCCAUGUUCCUCCGACGUGACGACAGGCCAGAUGACCCUUUCUCAGUGGAAGGUGUCUGGGGAAACAACUACCUAGUGAUCAAAAAGAAGUCCUACACCGUCUACUUCAAUGGAGCAUCACCGUUCACAAUACAAGUCAAGGGGCAUAACUUGGGGAGCGGUGACUACGUGCGACUAGGACUUUGCUACCCCAAGGAUGUGAAGAGCUUCACAUUUCUGAGUUAUUACCCCUUGAUCAAUACUGCCAACCCUGCCGUCCAAGUCAGCAGCAUCGCCGAGCUGGACAGCGACACCACGGGGACAGCCUACUUCUGGGAUCAUGCACGGGGGCUGCUGUUUGUGAAGGUUUACUCUGACGCCGACCGCAUUGACGGCGAGCACUGCCCCGGUCGUCGUUGUCCUGCAAUCACGAUUACCAGGAACGGCGGCAGCAACAGCAGCGUGGACUGUUACGCUUCCGCAUAUGACGGAACGUACAACCAGCCUGAAGACGCUGCGGUGAACAUUCCAACAGCCAAAGCCUGUGUCAAGACGUCUUCAGAGGGCUAUGGUGCUGAAGUGGAGCAGGACUUCUUUGAGGCCGCGGAAUCCACCGCCCCAACCUGUAAAACUGGAGGUGUACAAGCAGAGCUAAAAGGAUGCUAUGGAGAACGUUAUCUGCCGAGGGACCUCCCUCAUGCCUACGUAUCUUUACCUACGUCCUUGACCGUUGAUGUGUGCGUCAAAAGGUGUCAUGCCAGAGGCCAUCCUUACGCUGGAGUGUCCAACGGGCGCGAGUGUGCUUGUGGGGAUGCAUAUGGAGGAUACGGGACCAGUAGCGACUGCACCAAACCCUGUGUGGGAGACAGCGACGUCAACUGUGGGGGUUACAAUGCUGUCGCCGUAUAUACAACCGGCAUAGCCGAACCUCCAUCUUUUGAUACAUGUGGACCCGACGGUUCUGGCGCAGUGAUUAAUGGGAAAUGUUUCUACCUCACUGCCGGUAGUUAUUCUUACGUCGAGGCCCAGCAAGCAUGUGUCGAGCUGGGCGGACAUCUGGCAACAAUCAACUCAGAAGAUGUACAGGGUCAAGUAGCGCGCUACAUGCGACCGAAGAUGACUGACGCAUGGUUUGGUCUGAACGACAUCGUCAACGAGGGUGUGUUUGAGUUUGCUGAUGGUUCACAUCGAGGCAGCUACAGUAACUUCUUGUCAGGACAGGGCGCUUCCCAGUUCCAAGAUGGCGUGGCUUUAAUGGCAAACAGACUUUACAUGUGGUUUGAUCAGAACGUCGGAAACAGCUAUCGGGCAUUAUGUCAACUGCCACUCACCACCACCCAAGGUGUGGAAGUGUGUGGACACCAUGGCUAUGGUCAGCAGAUCACCACGACCGGAGCCGAAUGUUACCUGAUCCACAACACACCCGGCACCUAUGACGAAGCCCUAUUUGCCUGCUACUCCAGACGGGGCACUGUGGCUAGCGCGUCUGAUCCCCAGGUGUUGGCAAACAUCUUGGAACACCUCAGCCUGUACGGCCAACAGACGAACUACUGGGUAGCUAGGGAAGGCAGUGAAUAUUAUGAAUUGCAACAUGCGUCAUCGUACAGCAAGAUGUCGGCGAACCAAGUCAACCAGAACGGAGUGGUCUGUAAGAUAGAAACACUGACAAGCAACACCCCCUGUUCCAGUGACUGGGAAUACAAUGAUGGUAACUGCUACCUCUCUGUACGACGAUGGGCCACCUUCUCUGCAGCGUCUGCCUUCUGUAACCAAGGUGACAGUCGUCUUCUCGCCGUUCAAGACGACGCUGAAAACACGUAUGUGGGAAACUAUACCUCUACACAACUGUGGCUGGACUUCGUCUACAGUGCUACAUCGGGUGUCUUUGAAUGGGGUGGUGGAUCAACGUCGACCUACACAAACUGGGACGUCAACCAAGGCGGCAGCAACGUCGCCAGUGGCAGAUGUGCACGGACAAAGCCAAAUAACCUUAUGUGGAAAAACAAGCUAUGCGCGGAGAAAUCCUGGGCCCUGUGUAAAGCCCCUGCAGGGCCAUAGACUGAACCUGGUCAAUAACAACUUGAAACACGCAGUAAAACAACAUGUAUAUGUUACAGUAAAUAUGUAAAAUCAAUUAAAACGUAUAUUUACUGGGGUUAUUUUCAAUGAUUAUGUAUAUUUACUGAUUCCGUCAGGGAUUAUGUAUAACACACAUGUUCUGGAAUUUUCUGGCAUACCACAGAACACCUUUCCCCUCAACAUUGAUUCUAAACGGCAACUCUGAACCGAAAUAAAAGUCAUUUUAAAUCUAGUGUC